AUGAAGAAAUUUCAAUUUAAAAGGAAUAAUAUUUGUUACUAUAAUCAAAUUGCUAAUUUUGUGAAUAACAUUGAUAAAAAUUCUAGCAUAUUAGAGAUAUAUAAUUUUAUAAAGUUUAGUUACACAAGUUUUAGAAUAUAUCCUCAAGUAAUUACAAAUUUGGAAAAUAAUGAAAAUUCUUUAAAUAUAACCGGCAGGGAUGAUACUCCAGAAGAUUUUGUUAAUUUAAUGAAAAAAUGCUGGAAUACUGAUCCUAAAAAGAGACCUUCAGCAAAAGUUUGGGAAAGUCUUGAUCUUUGGGCUAAUAUGGGAAAAGAUGUUAAUCAGUUUAAUCAAGCUGAUGAAUUACGAUUGCAAUUAAUAAAAUCUAAGUUGCUUGGUCCAGAAUUUAGUGAAGAGGCUCAUUCAAAAGCAAUUUAUACAAGUAGAUCAUUAAGUUCUUUUACUUCCAAAUCUUCGUCUAAUUCAUUAAUGAAUUCAUUGAAGCAAAAAAUAAUUCUUCAUAUUGAAGAUGAAAUUCAAACUAAUGGAGUCAAUAAAAUAACAUGGAAUAAAAAAUAUGGAAUAAAUUUUUAUAGGGCUUACGAUUUAUUUGCUCUUAUUCAUUUUAGAAAAGAAGUAACUAGAAAUUCAAAAUUAUCUUUUUCAGAAUAUUCUGCAAGAACAGUAAGAACCAAUAAAAACAUUUUCAAAGAAAUUAAUACUCCAGCAGCGGUUGAAUAA